UCCGCCCCUCUCGGUGGAUGUGGAUGAGAGGGAAAAAAGGGCAGCAGCAGAGUGACAGACAACACAGCCUCUCCGCUCUGCUCGUUGUAGUAGUGGAUAUCUUCUCUGUGAACGGAGAGCAGAGGCGAGACAAACCGGGUCGGGUGCAUGCUUGCUGUGCAACAAGGCGAACUGUAGCAAAAAUGGACCGCCGGACAUCAGCAGCAGCAUCCAGUAAGGACCGACACAGAUUUUAGGCUCUUCUUAAAUCCUGGAGGACACAUGGUCAUGAAGAAAUAGAACCAUUGGUCGAGGCCCUCCAGCUGACCUGGGCUAAGUCCUGGCCGUGGGGCUUUAUUGUUGGUGGGCCAGCUGAACAGGCGUGUAUGUGAGUGAGAGGUAAUGAAGUCCAGUAUGAGGCAGUGGCGGAGGCUCGUGCUGAUCGGAAUGCUGGCCUGGGUUCUCCUCUUCCUCGCCCUCCUCUCUUACUUCCUGGACGCUCGUGUGAAUGAGCCGCUGACGUCCAUGGGCUCUUUACUGUCCCAGCACCCAGACACCCGGCGCCUUACAUCCAUACAGGCCUCCCACCAACAGCAUGCCAACCUGGGCUCCCGACCUGAACUGGCUUCCACCUUAACUACAACCUACCCCCGAGACCAGCCAGAGCCGGAGCCCUCUGCCAGCUCCACGACCCCAGAGCUCAGCCUGGAUGUGAGCAACAGCCCCAACAGUGCUCCCUACGCCAUAUAUGGUAGCCAGGAGACCAGCCACCAGGACUACCUAGACCCACAGAGCCUGGCUGCCUGGUCCUCCUUUGGUACAGAAAAUGUGGGUUCUCACUCAGACCCGUCGGUCCAGAGUCGUGAGAGAACUUCCCAGACAGAGUACCAGAACCACGUCAACACUAACCGCCACCACGGUGGGGAGGAUGAAGAAGAUGAGAGGGAUAAUGAAGAUGAAGAGCUGGGAAACAGAAUGAGGACUACAGCAGGCAGGAGGGUCGGUGGAGACUCCUCUGAUCUGGAGGAAUAUUACUUCUCCAAGUCGGCCUCGGUGGUGCAGCGGUUGUGGAGGGGUCGCGUGUCGUCUGGCAUGCUGAGUCCUCGGCUGCAGCGCGCCAUGAAGGACUACGUCAGUGCCAACAAACACCAUGUUUCCUACACGGGGCAUCGCAAGAACGCCCAGAGUGCCAAGGAGCUGCUGUGUCAAAUGAAAGCCCAGGCCCAGCUCAGGACAGUGGAUGGGUCGGAGCAGCCCUUUUCCUCACUCGGCUGGGCUCGUCUUGUGCCGUCUCGUCCACUGGAGCGACUGCACAGACGGCAGGACCAGAGCAGCUUCAAGACCUGUGCGGUGGUCACCUCGGCUGGUGCCAUCCUGCACUCAGGACUGGGAAAAGAGAUCGAUAAUCAUGAUGCAGUCUUGCGGUUCAACGCAGCGCCUACGGAGGGAUACGAGCGAGACGUGGGCAACAAAACAACCAUCCGCAUCAUCAACUCACAGAUUUUGGCCAAUCCGAGGCAUCGAUUCAACACGAGCUCAAUCUACAAGAACGUGACUCUGGUGGCCUGGGAUCCUGCACCUUACACUGUCAACUUACAGAAGUGGUACGCCAGUCCAGACUACAACCUGUUUGGUCCAUACAUGGAGCACCGCAAGCUCCAUCCCAGCCAACCCUUCUACAUCCUUCACCCCAGCUAUGUGUGGCGCCUCUGGGAUGUGAUUCAGGGCAACACUCAGGAGAAUAUCCAGCCCAAUCCUCCCUCGUCUGGCUUCAUAGGUAUUCUCCUGAUGAUGGCUCUCUGCGAGCAGGUGCAUGUGUAUGAGUACAUUCCCUCCAUGAGGCAGACUGACCUGUGCCACUACCAUGAGCGUUAUUACGAUGCUGCCUGUACACUGGGUGCCUACCAUCCCCUCCUGUAUGAGAAGAGCCUGAUCCAGCGGAUCAACACAGGCCCCGAGAAUGACCUCAGGAGGAAGGGACGGGUCACCCUUCCGGGCCUCAGCACCGUCAACUGUGACAUCUAAGAUAUGAAACUUGAAAGUCUGAGCCCGAACACACACACACACACUCCGGCCUGUUAUGGCUGACUAAGGGAGAGGUGCAAUAAAGCCGCUGGAGACAAGGAGGCUGGAGCUUACAUGUUUCAAAUUAGACCCAUGAAGAGGAUAAGCCAUAGCCCUCCAGGGAGGGAUCAACAUGGAGGCUUCUGAAAGAACUUGUCUUCAAUAAGAUGGUUUACUAGACCAGAGACUGGCAGGAAAAGUCUCCAAGAUGGAGCUGAAUAAGACAUUUCUCUCUGCUUUAGCUGAGCCACGUUAGCUGUGGAGCUGACUAGGGUAGCAACAGAUUGGUGUUUUUAGAUAGACAAGUGAAUUUACAAUAACGGAGUGUUUCAGUGGUGUAAACUGUGUUUUUUCAAUAUUACGGGUGGUUCUCCACUCAAAGGAAAUGCAACUGUUUAUAACGGUGGAUAUUUGUGAUUUUAUCUUUUUUCUUUUUCUUUUUUACUGGUCCAAAGGGUUGUGAAUUAGCAAAGAAGUCCUCCACGCUGAAUGUCAUAAACACAACAUACACUCACAGAUACUUACAAAGAGCAGAAACUCAUAGAGAAGAACGCAUAAUGUAAAAGACGGAGUCUCCACAGAGACAAAGUCGAGCUGUCGCAGCACUCGUAUAACUGUACAUUUCAUCGCCCUACAGCAGGUGUUCCUGAGCGAUAUCUUCUUGUGAAAUCACAAGUUGUUUUGUGUUGGGGAUUUUCUUUUUUACUACUGAUGUUUUUAAGCUUAAUACUAACUUACUUUCCUGUGCAUGCCAGCUUGCCGGCUCACAACCAUCAGUCUGUCGCUCUUUGUUCACGCAUUUAGGAUGAUUUCUUAUCCAGUGUAAAUAAGCCUGUCUUUCAGUUAAUAGCCCACAGGAAGAAAGGCACUUGUUGUCAUAAUUGUUUUGUAUUCAUCCUAC